AUGCCUCUCUUCCUCUCUGAAGAGGAGCUGCAGGCGUUGGAGGGCGAUGUCAGGGCCGUUGCGCGGAAGGCGGAGGAGCAAAUAGGCUCGCUCCUCCGGCAGCUAGAGACGCACAAAGCGCAAGCGGAUGCAGCGGAAAUCAACGCGGAGCAGACGUGCUCGCUGAUCGAGCAGAAGUACCUCGCGGUGACGGACGAAAACGCGCAGCUCGAACGCGAGAAGGGAUAUCUCACCGCGGAUCUCGAUCAGAAAUCCGCCGAGCUCGCGGAAAUUAAGGCGCAGGUUCAUCGCCUGCAGUUGGAGGGGAUUCAGGGGGAUGGCGAGAGGGAGCGGCUGAAAGCGGAGCUGGCGGAGGCGCAGACGAGCCGGCGGGACCUGGUGGACGUGAUCGAGCGGAAGAACCUCGAGAUUGACGAGAAGAACGCGUCGCUCAAAUCGUACCUGGACAAGAUCGUCUCCCUGACUGAUUCGCGGACGGAGCUGGAGGGUCGGCUGAGGACGGCUGAGGCAGAGGCGUCCCGCUUCAAGGCCGCAGUGAACCGCCAUGUGCAGGAGAAGGAGAUUCUGGAGGAGCACCUGGCGUGGCUGCGCGAGGACGUGGCGGGGAAGGCGGGCGCGCUGCAGGAGGAGAGGCGCGCUCGCGCGGAGGGCGAGGCAGAGCUGCGCAGCCAGCUGCUGGGCGCGGAACACGAGCGCGACGAUCUGCGCGCUGCUGAGGCGCGCGCCCAGGCGCGCGUGGCGGAGCUGCAGGGGAUGGUCGCGCAGCUGCAACAGGAGGUGAAGAAGCGCGCAGAGGAAGAGGCGCUGCACGAGAGCCAGCUGGCGGCCGAAUUGGAAACUGCGAAGAAGCUGGUGGAACUGUAUAAGGAGAGUGCAGCGGAGGCAGGUGAAAGGGCUGCGGAUCUUAAGGGCGUCGUGAAGUCUCUCGAGGAUCAUCUGAAGCAAGUGGAGGAGGAGGGCGAGAAUCGGGUCAAGGCAGUUGAAGAGGCGGCAGGGAAGCAGCAGCAGGAGCUGCAGAGGCGCUCCCUGCCACAGGGCGUCACAGGAGUGGCUCUCGCUUCCUAUCUCGUCAAGGAUGGCUGGACGGUGGGUGACACUAGACGCUGCAGUCUUGAAACUCUUGUGUUGCUGUGUGCAUUUGAUUUGUGUUGCAUUGCGUUCCCUUGGUUCCAUCGGUAUUUGUCUCUCAAUUUGUCCCUGAGUCAUUUUCUUGCUGUGCACGCCCGUGUGCAUCUGGCAACGAUGUACGAGAACUCUCUCACCUCACUACUGUCUCCCCCAUGCACGCCCGCCCAUGUGCAGAUGGCAACGAUGUAUGAGAAGUACGAGGAGGCGGCAGAUGCAUGGCGGCAUGAGAGGCAACAGCGACGGCAGGCAGAGACUCUGCUCAACAGGGUGUUGAGGGAGAUUGAGCAGAAGGCGGCGGUGGUGCUGGAGGAGCGUGAGCAGCAUGCACGCAUGGCCCGUGCAUACGAUGUCAUGCAGGACAAGCUGGCUCUGGCAGCGGACCAGCAGGCUGCUGUGGAGGCAUCGCUUGCCGAGUGCAGGGCGGAGCUGCGGGCAAGGGAGAGGGAUGUGAGUCUGCUGUCCACUGAUGUGGCAGACCUGCAGAGCCAGGUGACGGUCCUCCUCAAGGAGCUGAGGGAUGUGAGCAUGCAGCGUGCUAAUAACGAAGCCACUGCGCCGCCCACUCCGCCGCGGCCCUCCUCAUCAGAUUUUGUGUCGGUGGAGCAGCUGACCAUCACGGACAUCGGGGGGUUGGUGCAGGCCAACACGUCGCUCCGCCACGCCCUGCGGAAGCUGCAGGACGACUACAGCACCCUGGAGCCUCGGGUCAAGGCUCGCUUUGAGGAGGAGCUGGAGAGGCGAGCAGCAGCGAACGCCAAGGAGGUGGAGCGGGUGGUGGGCAUGUACAAGGAGCAGGAGGAGCUGGCACAGCGACACAAGGCUGCCCACGACAUGUUCAAACUGCUCUACGAUGAGCAGCAGCAGCGAAUGAGGGCCCUGACAUCAGGCACUGCAGCUGCUGCUCCUGGUGCUGCUGAUUCUCCCACAGCCAAGGGAGCGCCUGCCUUGCCCAUGCUGUCCUCCCCCCCACCUGAUGGUCCCGACUACAAGACUCUCUACACUGCAACGCAGGAGGAGCUGGAGAGGCUGAGGCAGGAUCGCAAGCAGCACAUGGAUGAACUGCAGGAGGCUCUUGAUGCUGCCAGGAAGGUGGCGAGUGAGUCGCGCAUGGAGCGCAUGCGUGCCGAGGCAGAGGCGCAGUUCUCCAAGCAGCAGGCAGAGGCGCUCGAGAAGACACUGGAAGAGGAGCGCAAGGUGAAGGAUGCAGCAGUGGCGCGCAGCAGUGAGUUUGCGGCGUCAGUGACUGCCCACCAGAGGCAGCUGCGGGACGCCGAGAGGCUGCUCGCUGCCGCGGAGGAGAAGGCUACCCGUGCAACCAUUGAGGCAUCGGUGUUGGAGCGAGAGAAGGCUCUGCUGGCAGCAGCAGAGGAGCGGGCGACAGCGGAGGCGGGGAGCGCAUUGGAGAGGAUGCACCGAGUACAAGCGGCACACGACUCAUUGGAGAGCACCCAGGCUGCCCGCGAGGCCACGUGGGCUGCUGAGAGGAAGAGGCUCGAAGACUCUAUUGACCGCAUGCAGCGCGAGUGGGCGGAAGCGAGUCGUGCCCUGGAAGCAGAGAGGGACCACUCUCGGCACCUAGUGGAGGCUAGAGACAGGGCAGCAGCGGAUGCAGAGGCAAAGCUGAGUGCAGCGUGGAAGGACGUGGAGCAGCUUAAGCAGCAGCUGAGCGCUGCUGUCACCAAGGCCAAGACUGCAGAGGCACGGUGCGAGGAGCUGCAGGCGGGUGUGAAGCGGUUGGAAGCGGUGGCGGCUGCUGCUGUUGCUGGCGGUGCGGGCGGGGGUGUGGGAGGGAGGAGUCUGAGAUCGGCUUCGGAGGGCGAGGGCAUGGAGGAGGAGGAUGUGGAGGAGCGGUUGCACAAGGCAGAGGAGGAGGUGCAGAGGCUCAAGGAGGAGCUAGAGGCAUCUCAAGGGUACCUGGCUCAGUACAAGGCGAUUGGAAAGGCGAACGAGGAGGCGCUGGAGCGAAUGAUGCAGCAGCACAGUGCGUUCAAGGAGGAGGCUGAGAAGGAGAGAGCGGCAGCGGCGGCAGCAGCGGAGGAGCUGAGGGGGCGGGUGAAAGAGGCAGAGAAGCGGGCUGCUGAUGCGGCGGCAGCUGCAACGGGGCUCACAGAGGAGCAUGAGAGGGCGUUUGCUGAUGUCAGCCGGAAGCUGGAGGCGGCUGCUGUGGAGAGAGACGCCUUCAGGGCACGAGUGGAGGAGAUAGAGUGGAGAGUGGAGUCAGAGGCAAAGGAGGCAUCGGAGAUGAGGCAGAAGUGGAGGGAGGCUCAGACCAACUAUGAGCGGCAGGUCGUGCUGCAAGCAGACACCAUCCGCCAGCUGGACGGCGUGAGUCAGACGCUCAACGCCGCCCAGGCGGCGCAGAGGGAGUGGCGCAGCCAGGCAGAAAAGGCCGAAGCCGAGUUAGCUUCCCUGCGGGCCGAGUGGGAGACAGUCAAGGGGGGUUUGGAGGCAGCACGUGCUGCUGCAGAGGGGAAGGCAAGGGAGGUGGAGGCUCAGAACGUGAUUCUGCUGGACCGGCUGGAGGCGUUGCGUGUGGGGACGCCUGGCAAGGCGGGUGGGGUUGCUUCGCCUGGUGUGGGGAGGAGGAGAGCGGCUGCUUCCCCGUCGCCGGGUAAGGGUUUAGGAACAGAGGUGGUGCGGUUCCUGCGGCGCUCCAAGGAAGCUUCCGAGAUGGAGCUAGCGCUGCUGAAGCAGGAGCGGCUGCGGCUGACGAAGCAGGUGGAAGCAGCAGAGAGGGAGGCCCAGGAAGCACAGCAGCAGCUGAGAGAAGAGCGGGCGCGGGGGGUGGCCGCUGCGCAAUCUGAGGGGGAAUUCGCGGCACUGAAAGCCCAGGUGGCGCAGGUGAAUCUGCUGAGGGAGAGUAAUGCGAUGCUGAGGGAUGAGAGCCAGAGGAACUUUGCGGAUGCGGGGGAGUGGAGGGAGAAGGCGCGGCAGGCGCUGCAGCAGGUGGGGCCGCUGCAGGCUGCGGUGCAGAAGAGGGAGGCGGAGGUGGCUGCGGGGAGGAGGGAGGUGGAGAGUGCGAGGGAGGAGGCGGGGCGGUGGCAGCGGCGCGUGCAGCAGCUGCUGGAGAAGUACAAGGCGAUCGAUGUGGAGGAGUAUCAGCGGCUGCAGGACCAGCUGCAGGUUAAAGACGUGAGGCUGAUACGGAAGCGAGCGGAGCAGCUGGAGCAGGAGCUCUCAGAGGCGAGGGGUGCCCUCGCAGCAGCAAAGGCAGCAGCAGACGCAGCAGAAAAGGACAAGGAGGCUGAGAAGGAGCGGGCGGCUGCUGAGCUAGCGGGGCUGGAGACGCAGCGGGCGGCACUGGCGGAGGAGAAGGAGAAGCUGGAGAAGGAGCAAGCGACAGGAGGGGAGGAGCUGAGGAAGCAGCUGGAAACGGCAAAGGAAAACGAGGCGAAGCACAAGACAGAGUUUGCCAAGCUCAGGAACACAGCCAUCAAAUUCAAGCGCAAUGGCGAGCAGCUGAGCAAGGAGAAGGAGGAGCUGCGGCAGGCCAAGGAGCAGCAGAGCAAGGAGGCAGAGGCAGUUAAAACCAAGGCCGCAGAGCUCGAGAAACGCGUGGCCGACCUCGAAAAGAAGCUCCAGACCGCCUCUGAGACGUCCCAAAAGCGAGUGGCUGAAUUGGAGAAGAAGCUUCAGGAGCAGACGGCAGCGGCGGGUGCAGCGGCCAGGAAAGCGGAGGAGGGGAAGAGUGCCGCGGAGGCUUCUGGGAAGCAGCAGGCGGCUGUGGCGGAGGGGAUUUUGAACUCGCGGAUUCAGUUGCUACAGAGGCAGCUGGCAGCAGAGAAGGAGAGGCGGACCAAGAACCUCAAGAGCAUCGUCGACUCGUUCCAGCGCGCCAAGGAGAGCUACGAGACCAUCUCUGUGCGCGUGGUGGCAGUGGAAGAUUGGAUCAAGCAGCAGCGCCAGGGCAAGGAGGGCCCCUUUGAGGAGCCGGCAGUGGUAUCAGAGCUGAGAGCAGCAUCGCAGGAGUAUGACGCGGUCUUUGGAGCCAUGCAGAAAACAGCAGAGGCUGUCCCAGCCAUCGUUGCCCCAGUGCCUGCCGAACCUGCAGGCGAGGUUCAGGCCGCACCUGCUGCCGGUGGGAUGGAGGUUGAGGAUGGGGAGCAGGGGGGCGCAGGGGUGAGUGAAGCGGUGCGAAGCGGUCAAGUGGGGUUAGCGGGCGUGGCAGGUGACGGAGCGGCAGGAGAGGGGGUAGAGGAGAAGGAGAAGCAGGGAGAGCAGGGCGCAGGUGUUGAGGGGGAGGAGGGCGCAGGGGUGGGAACUGAGGGGCAGAGGCAGGAAGAAGCAGCAGUAGGAGAAGGGGAAGGAGCAGGAGGGGAAGGUGAAAUAGGUGGUGCUGGUGUUGAUGCUGCUGCUGCCAAUGCUGCUGCUGUUCCCGCCACGCCUCCCCGCUCACCCACCCCCACCCCUCCACUUACCCCCACAGGAGCAGGUGAAUCUGCUGCUCUCGUGGCUGGGGAAGGGCCAAACGGAGAAGGGGCGACAGGGGAGGCAGCAGGUGGUGAUAGCACAGGGGCAGACGCGGAAGGGGAAGGCGAAGGGAUGGGCGCAGGGAAUACAGGUGGGGCAGCAGAGGCAGGUGCAGGAGAAGAGGCGGGCGGGGGGGCAGGGGCAGGGGCAGGGGCAGGGGCGGUAGCAGAGGGUCCAGAGAUUCACGUGGAGGGGGAAGGGGAGGCGGCUCAGCGGGCUGCUGCCAGGCAGGCACGAUUUGGGGCUGCCACUUCUCCCCGCCGCGGCCGAGGUGCACGGGGCCGGGGCACGCGGGUGAUCAGCCUCGUGCAGUCAGCUGGACGGGGAACGGGCAGCCCGCGCGGCCGUGGCCGGGGCAGGGGGGCUGCAGGUGGGUCUCAAUCUGCUCCGUCAGAUGGUGCUGGAGGAGGCGCUCCUUCUGUUCAUUCGCAUUCAACUCUUUCACUAGGCUUCUACUGGCGCGCAGCCAUGAUACAAUACGAGAAGAGAUUCGGAGCGUUUAAUCUAUUACUGAGAUUCUACGGCUCGCAAUGGCCGCGAGCGACGCUGCUCGCCCUCCCCAGCGCAAUCCUAGCCGGACUGCUCUCCGCGUUCAUAUUCGUCGAUAAAACGCAGCACCUCUUCCUCCACCCAUACCCCUAUGCCGUAUUCAGCGGCGUCGUCGCCUUCAUCCUCAUCUUCCGCACCAAUCUCAGCUACGCGAGAUACUGGGAGGGGAGAACAAUGCUCGCACAAAUGAGCUCGAAAUGGGGAGACGCCGCAAUCCAGGUGAUAUCGUUUGACGAGGGAGCCAAGGAGCCGGUGCCAGGGGGGAUUCGAUUCCGCUCCGAGUUUGUGCACACCAUGAGCCUCAUGCACGCGCUCGCGCUGCAGAGACUACGAGGGGACUCGUACCUUAGCAACUUAACUUAUGGUCGAUUCAUGGACAUCCCACCAGAGCCACCAGUGGACGCGGAUGAGGUGGAGGAGUGGAACCGAGUGCGCGGAAACAAGUCCCUAGUGUUCCUAAGAGCCCACCGCCCCCACCUGGAGAAGUACUGGCGGGCGCUGCCGCUGGCAGUGCUGGGGGGGGUGAACCCCACGGAGUGCAGCAUCCUGGAACCUUCCCGCGACCGCGUGUACCUGGUGAUGUGCUGGCUGCACCGGGCGCUCGUGGCUCGGCGCAUGGCGGGGGGGAUCUCUCAGGACGCCCCUAUCGUGUCCAGAAUAUACCAAGUGCUCUCAGACGGCAUGCUGGGGUACGAGAAUGCGCUCAAGAUAGUGAACACGCCCUUCCCCUUCCCCUUCGCGCAGUGCGUUGCUCUCCUCCUCCACAUCAACGCCCUCAUCAUCCCGCUCCUCAUGGCUGACUGGCUAGCAGAUCCCUACCUAGCCUCUGCAAUCACCUUCCUCUCAGUCUUCUCCUUCUAUCUUCUCAACGAAGUGGCGAGAGAAAUUGAAGAGCCUUUCCGGUUCGACCCGAACGAUCUUCCCGUGGUGUACCUCCACCAUAAGUUCAACGAGCGGCUUGUCACGGCGUUUUCAAGAAGCGUUUUCCCUGCGGACGGGCUGUUUACGCAUAUUGAUGAGAAGGAAAUGGCGUGGCUUUUAGCUAAGCACCGGCCAGUGACAGUGACAAAGGGAGCGGAGGAGAAGGUGGGAAAGAUUGCCAAGGACUGUGUUAUCGAUGUGCUCGCCAUUCUCGCGGGACUUUUUUCCGCAUUCAUACUCGUCGAUAGAACCCAGCACCUCUUCCUCCACCCAUACCCCUAUGCCGUAUUCAGCGGCGUUCUCGCCUUCAUCCUCAUUUUCCGCACCAAUCUCAGCUACGCGAGAUACUGGGAAGGGAGAACUAUGAUCGCGCAAAUGAG